AUGGCAGCAGACUGGCAGGAAGGGGUGGAGGUCAUUGGGCCAUGGUGCACAGAUAUGCAGUUGCUCUGGAGCGUGCGCCCGCAGUACUUUCGAGGCUGUGAACUGAUUGCGACCCAAGGAGCGAGGGACGAGCUGCUUACAUUCAAAGGAGACGACGCCGCGGACGAAGAUGAAGACAACGCGGAAGAUGACGAUGAAGAGGUAGACGACGACGUCGAAGUCGACGACGAGGAGCUUUCGUUGCCACGGUCUACGUCUGCUUCCAAUCGAUCUUUCCCACCUUCAGGUUGCGCCCCGACUUCUUUGGGUGUGGCCACGAGCAACCGUUUGUUUUGA